AUGGGUAAGGACACCAUCGCCGACAUAAUAACCUCUAUACGAAAUGCUGACAUGAAUGGAAGAGGAACGGUUCUAAUACCAUCUACUAACAUUACUGAAAACAUUGCUAAAAUGCUUUUACGAGAGGGUUUUAUUGAAAACGUGAGAAAACAUAGGGAAGGGGGAAAUUUUUUUUUAGUUUUAACUCUACGAUAUAGAAGAAAUAGAAAAGGAUCAUCUAAAACGCGUUUGAAUUUAAAACGGAUCAGUACUCCUGGUCUACGAAUCUAUUCUAAUUAUCAACAAAUUCCGAGAAUUUUAGGGGGGAUGGGAAUUGUCAUUAUUUCUACUUCGAGAGGUAUAAUGACAGAUCGAGAGGCUCGAUUAGAACGAAUCGGCGGAGAAGUUUUAUGUUAUAUAUGGUAA